UACUAGGUAAAAGCAGAAGAGGAACUUUAGAAUUUAUUACACUUUGGGAGAAUCAAAAUCCCAUUUUUCUCAUCUUGCAAUAAAGCAAACCAAAUCUCAAUGUUAUAUGAUCUGUGGAUCAUUCUACUUAACGCUCUCCAAGUUCUUCCCCAAGACAAUUAAGUAAAGGAAAAUUCUGCAGUUUUUUGCUGUAGAAAGAAGAAUGCAUCAACCACCUGAAAUAGAAGUAGUUCAGAAAGAGGAGAGAGAGGAAACCACCUUAAUCCAGCAGCAGACAAGGCGGCCAAAUCUCUCCUCUCUGCAAAUACCUGCAAGGUCUUCAGAGUGUGAUUUAACCAGUUUUACCAGAAUAGAUGUGCCCAGUCCUGGCUCUGCUCGAGCAGGAUUGCCUCCGAGACCAAAUUCAGCGAGGCUGAUAUCAUCGGUUAAGAAUUUGAUUCCUCAGAAGAGUUUUAGGGCGAAAAAUUUGCCACCAGAUGCUGAAAAGACAGUUCUCAUUGUCCCAGAGACACCACUUUCAGAUAAACCUUCAACUUCAAGGUCAUUUUCUCUGAAUAAGAUUUUGUUCUCUUCAUCAACAAAACCAGCUCAUUCAUUACCAGUGACACCAAAGGAGAGUGCUGGCCCCAAGCCUUUUGAGGAUAGUCAAUUGGAUGAUCAUUCAGAAUUACCGAUUUUUGAAGUCCAACAACAUAUACCGCGCUCAUUCUCAGUCCCUGCCAACGCUAAAAAUAAAAGCUUGAAGAGGAUUGAUUCUUCUGGAAAUUUGAUCCGCGUAAUAUCUUCAUCUGCCAGGCGAAAUGCAGAUAGUGAUGCAUUACCAGACACAGCACAGGAAAUAGAAAAUGCAGCUACUGAUGAUAACAGUGAAGACAUUCCCGAGGAAGAGGCUAUUUGCAGAAUUUGUUUUGUUGAGCUUGGGGAAGGAGGUGAAACAUUUAAAAUGGAGUGCAGCUGCAAAGGAGAGCUUGCACUUGUUCACAAGGAGUGUAUCUUGAAGUGGUUCAAUAUCAAAGGCAAUAAGUUAUGUGAUGUUUGCAGGCAGGAAGUUCGAAACCUCCCUGUAACAUUGCUAAAGAUACAGAAUCCUUCAACUGCUGUACGGAGGCCAACAACUGGAUCACAACAGCGGGAACCUACUCGUUACAGGGUUUGGCAAGACGUACCUAUUCUUGUUAUGGUCAGCAUGCUAGCAUAUUUUUGCUUUCUGGAGCAACUCCUGGUGUCUGACAUGGGAGCUCGUGCUCUUGCUGUCUCUUUGCCCUUCUCUUGUGCUUUAGGUUUCGUGUCAUCUAUGAUAGCUUCUACAAUGGUGAGCAAGAGUUACAUAUGGGCUUAUGCUUCUUUCCAGUUUGCGAUAGUGAUAUUAUUUGCUCACAUAUUUUAUGCAGUGCUUAAUGUAAGCGCAAUUCUAGCUGUGUUGCUUUCCUCCUUCACCGGCUUUGGAGUCGCAAUCAGUACCAAUUCACUUCUUGUCGAGUAUUUGCGGUGGAGAGCUACCCGGCGCCAGAACACGAGGAAUGAAUCCACCCUCGACCAAGACCGUCAUAAUCACAAUCAUCCAGUCCAGAGCGCAUGAACCAGAAUUCAGUUUUGCUAACACGUUUAUUGUAAAUUCUUGACAGCCAAUUCCAUGUAAGCCAAGCUGAGAUGGGGUUUGUCUAAUGCAAAGUUGGAAAGAAUGUUUUUAUACCUCUAAUGUCUACUUUGGUUGCAUAGCCAUAGACAGAGUUUUCUUCUGCUUCAUUCCACAAGGGAUGGGACCUGAAAAGGAAGGAAAAUCAGAGGAAAAUCCAGAUAGGUCUCUUCCCCAAAUACAAACAUAUUUGAAUAGUUUAAGUGCUUGAUCAUCAUAAAUGUUUUAUGCAUUUAGUAUAAGAUUAUAUAUAGAACACUGUCCUGAGCCAACGAAAGUUUUUUUUUUUUUUUUUCUGCUAGGGCAUGUAUUCUUUUGAUUGAAACUGUGAGUACAUAAUCUAUAAAUCAAUGAAUGUAUCUCACUAGUCAUAAUUACUCA